AACCCUAUUUUGUUUAUAAACAUGUUGAAUUUGAUUAAUUUUUGGUAAAAUACGAUCUGGGUUUUUUGUUUUUAGAUAUCUAGAGAAACAAUCGAAUUCUUGACGAAAUUUUGGGGGAGAAGCAAAAAAGGAAAUGGCAGAACAAGGAGGCUUGGAAGGGAGCCAACCAGUUGAUCUUUCUAAGCACCCAUCUGGUAUUGUUCCCAUUCUCCAGAACAUCGUAUCAACUGUGAACUUAGAUUGCAAGUUGGAUCUUAAGCAAAUUGCACUGCAAGCCCGAAAUGCCGAAUACAAUCCCAAGCGUUUUGCUGCUGUCAUUAUGAGAAUCAGGGAGCCCAAAACUACAGCUUUGAUUUUUGCCUCUGGGAAGAUGGUCUGCACCGGUGCUAAAAGCGAACAGCAGUCUAAACUGGCUGCAAGGAAGUAUGCCAGAAUUAUCCAAAAGCUUGGUUUUCCUGCUAAGUUCAAGGACUUCAAAAUUCAGAACAUUGUGGGGUCUUGUGAUGUCAAAUUUCCUAUUAGACUUGAAGGUCUUGCCUACUCCCAUGGUGCCUUUUCAAGUUAUGAACCAGAACUCUUUCCCGGCCUAAUCUAUCGAAUGAAACAACCAAAGAUCGUGCUUCUUAUUUUUGUGUCGGGGAAGAUUGUGAUCACUGGGGCUAAGGUGAGAGAGGAGACAUACACAGCCUUUGAGAACAUAUAUCCUGUCCUUACUGAGUUCAGGAAGAACCAACAAUGAUAUACCAUUGGAUGGGACAUUCACUCUGUUGUGGAUAGGUUUUCCUUUGCAUUGUGUUCAGGGUUGGAUUCGAAGUGUGAAUAUUUGAAGAAUGGGGAUUGGAACCUGGCUUCUUUUGGCUUUGGUUGUCACAAUUUUGUCAUCUUUUUUCCUAUUAAAAUCAGUAUGGUGUUGCGCUUAAAAUGAUGGAAAACUCAAAAAGGGAAGAAGAAACAGAGGAAAAAAAAGGGGUUAUUCUGGGUUUUCCGUUGUAGACAUUUUGCUUUCUAUUAAAAUAAGCUAUGUUAAAAUUUUGACCUUUGAUCGUUCCUGUUUUUGCCAUCUCAGACUCCAGAGCUCACUUGAUGCUACAAAGUGUUGAAAAUAGGUUGUUUUUUAGUCUCAGA